AUGAGGAAUAACGCGACGACCUAUCUACGGAAACCGAAAUUCCGUCAGUCCUGGAGCAAGUACAAUCUGUACAAUCUCACCCAAGUCCGCCGCCCAAACACAAAACCACGGACGUUCUUCCAGCAGAAAUGGACAGCCAAAUCUAUGACCCGCGCAUAUCACGGCGAACAGGUACGGGAGAGCCAAUGGGAGCGCAUGUUCUCCCGUCGACUCCGUGCAGUGGUUCCCAUGGACGCCCGCUCUCUUUCCCGCAACGACGGUUCUGCUCAGUCCGCUGGCCGUGGCUCGGGGCUGGAGGCUCUGCCUGAGGAGCAAGGUGGUAGGGACCGCAAGGCCCAGAAACCGAGGGACACACCGUACAUGCAGAUGACAUUUGCACCACUGGAGAGGAGGUUAGAUGUUGCUAUAUUCCGGGCUCUGUUCGCCAGCAGUACAAGACAGGCGAGGCAGUUUGUCAUCCACGGAGGUGUGACGGUCAAUGGCAAGAAGAUGCAAUAUCCCGGGUACCUGCUGAACCCGGGAGACAUGUUCCAGGUCGACCCCGAACGAGUGAUGUAUGCCACUGGGGCACCCAAGGACCGGAGCCUGCGUCGGUCCGGCCGUAUACGACGGCGUCUGGGUGCUAAGAAGAAGGAAGAGAGUGAAGGCGAGGGCGAGGGCGAGGCUGCAAAGGCGGAAGAAGGCAGGGAGACGAAGAAGAAGGGGAAAGAAGCCGAAGAGCCCGAAGAUCCGCGAGAGAUGCUUAAGCAGAUGCUAUCCGGAGCCAAGGGGAUCAUGUCGAGCUCGAAGGACCUGAUUCCUGCUCAGAGAAGACAGGCCAUCCGUGCCUUCCAGCGUUCUGUCAAGCAGGUGCUCUCACGGUCGUCCACCACCACGACCAUGACCGACAACCUCGAGGCCCAAUUCCUCGCCCUGAAGAACAUGAUAGAAGAAGAUACCAAGAGGGCAGCAGAAAAAGCACAAAAGGCCGCAGCUAAGGAGGCGGCCAAGGAGGAAACCGCACCCUCCAACGCCAGCGCAGACACGGCCGAACCGUCCACCCCUAAUUCUGACAGCAACACUACUACUACUACCACCACCACCACUACCACAGCUAAUAAUACCACCAACCAAGUCGACGAGCUUGCAGAGUCACUCUCCUCUGUCGAGCUCAGCGACUACUCUGCCGCAGACCUGCGUGCCCUGAAGCGCGCCCUCGAGGAGAUCCACGAGAACCCCAUCGACAGCACAAAGCCGUAUGCCACUCCCUGGCGGCCUCGCGACUACAUGAGCCCCUUUGCCUUUGUGCCUCGCUACCUCGAGGUCAACCACAACAUCUGCGCGGCCGUGUAUCUGCGCCAUCCCGUGGCGCGCCCUGGCCGAGCAGAAGUGCCAACCCCCUUUGACGAAAGAAUCAGCGGUGCUGCCUUUGCCUGGUACCUCCGCAGACGUUGA